UGGAAGUGCACUGCACCGGUCCGGCGCUUGGAGCCACGAGCCGGAGAGAAAGAGAAAGAGGGGUCCCGAGCUGUCUCCACCGCCCCACCGCUGUCGUCGUCACCAUCGCCGCCGUCACCUCCUCUCCGGUCGUGGACUCAGCCCCCACCUCCAGCACGCGGCCGCAGCCGCUGUGCGCAGCCUGGAAAGGGGGGACGGGGGGAGGGGGGGCCGCCGCGGACCCCUGGAGCCGCGAGGACUUUGCAAGUUGCCCGGGAAGGUGGAGGGGCGGGAGGGGGAGGGGGAUCAAGGCGCGACAGCCACGACAGCGAGCGGCCCGGGUUGGCGCGCCCAGCCCCGCAGCGGAUCAUGGUGCAGCAGGCGGAGAGCUUGGAAGCGGAGAGCAACCUGCCCCGGGAGGCGCUGGACACGGAGGAGGGAGAAUUCAUGGCUUGCAGCCCGGUGGCCCUGGACGAGAGCGACCCGGAUUGGUGCAAGACGGCGUCGGGCCACAUCAAGAGACCGAUGAACGCCUUCAUGGUGUGGUCCAAGAUCGAGCGCAGGAAGAUCAUGGAGCAAUCCCCGGACAUGCACAACGCUGAGAUCUCCAAGAGGCUGGGCAAGCGGUGGAAGAUGCUGAAGGACAGCGAGAAGAUCCCGUUCAUCCGGGAGGCGGAGCGGCUGCGGCUCAAGCACAUGGCUGACUACCCCGACUACAAGUACCGGCCCCGGAAAAAGCCCAAAAUGGACCCCUCGGCCAAGCCCAGCGCCAGCCAUAGCCCCGAGAAGAGCGCGGCGGGCGGCGGCGCAAACGGGGGCGCAAGCGGCGCGAGCGCAAGCGGCGCGGGCGCAAGCGGCUCGGGCGGCGCCAAGACCUCCAAGGGCUCCAGCAAGAAAUGCGCCAAGCUCAAGGCCCCCGCGGCCUCCGGCGCCAAAGCGGGUACGGGCAAGGCCACCCAGCCCGGAGACUUCGGGGGCGCCGGCGACGAUUAUGCGCUGGGGAGCCUGCGCGCCAACUGCACAGGAGGAGGCGCAGGCGGCGGGGGCGCAGGGAAGUCGGUGAAGUGCGUGUUCCUGGACGAGGACGACGACGACGACGACGACGAAGACGAGCUGCAGAUGCGCAUCAAGCAGGAGGCGGACGAGGAGGACGAGGAGCCCGCGCACCAUCAGCUCCUGCAGCCCCCCGGGCACCAGCAGCCGCCGCAGCUUCUGAGACGCUACAACGUCGCCAAAGUGCCCGCCAGCCCGACGCUGAGCAGCGCGGCAGAGUCCCCCGAGGGAGCCAGCCUGUACGACGAGGUGCGGGCGGGCGCGACCUCGGGCGCUGGAGGUGGCAGCCGUCUCUACUACAGCUUCAAGAACAUCACCAAACAGCACCCGCCGCCGCUGGCGCAGCCCGCUCUGUCACCGGGGUCCUCGCGCUCCGUGUCCACCUCGUCUUCGUCCUCCAGCAGCAGCAGCGGUGGCAGCAGCAGCGCGGGCGACGACACCGACGACCUAAUGUUCGACCUGAGCUUGAAUUUCUCCCAAAGCGCGCACAGCGCCAGCGACCAGCAGCUGGGGGGCGGCGCGGCGGCCGGGAAUCUGUCCUUGUCGCUGGUGGAUAAGGAUUUGGAUUCGUUCAGCGAGGGCAGCCUGGGGUCCCACUUCGAGUUCCCCGACUACUGCACGCCGGAGCUGAGCGAGAUGAUCGCGGGGGACUGGCUGGAGGCGAACUUCUCCGACCUGGUGUUCACGUAUUGAAAAAUGGGGUCGUCCCCAAGCCCCCCGCUUCAGGCUCUUUCUCUCCAGAGCUGGGUUCCCUGGGAGGAGGUCGUAGCGGUCAGGAUAAAGAUAAUGAUGAUGAUGAUGGUGAUGAUGAUGAUAGUUGGUGGUGGUUAAGAGGGCGGAGGGGAGAGAAAAGAAGAUAUUGAUGCUUUUGCUAAGA